AUGCAGGUCCUCGUCAUUGGAGGUAGCGGCCGCACUGGAAAGCUCGUUAUCAACGAGCUCCUAGAACGAGGCCAUAAGGUCACGGCUCUAGCUAGGAACCCGGCCUCGCUCGAGGAUCGCCUCAAUCUCCAGAUUGUACAAGGGACACCCAUGAACAAAGAUGAUGUUCGUGCCGUAGUGAAGGUCGGAAAGCCAUCCGUUGUCGUUGUCACGCUGAGCGCGCCGCGAGCUAGCGAUAGCCCGUUCGCAGCCGUCGCAUCCCCUCCCCGCCUCAUGGCAGACUCAAACGCGAAUGUCGUUGCUGUCAUGAAGGAGUUCAAUAUUCCGAAGAUUGUCAUCAUGCAGGCAUUCGGUGUCGGCGACUCCUGGCCAAACAUGCACUGCGUCUUGCGUCUGCUCAUGAAGAAGUCCAAUAUGAUCUACCAGUAUGAUGACCACAACCUUGUCGACCAGGAGGUUCGGGCCAGCGGCGUCAACUAUGUUCUGGUUCGACCGUCGAGGCUUGAGGAGGGAGAGGCGAGGCCGGUGAAGGAGUGGCCGGGAGCGGGCAAGGGUGUGCCAUUGAUGGGUGCUUGUACGCGGGCAACAGCCGCGAAGUUUUUGGUCGACGCAGCUGAGAGCACAACAUGGGACAAUACGGCUCCUGUCAUCACUAGUUAA